AUGGGCCAGACGUGGAGUACCCAGAAGGACGACUACUACGUGGGCAGCACGUCGCCGUACACGAUGAACAGCUUCAGCACGGGCGCCUUGAGCCACGACCGCAAGACCGACGUCAUCUACGACUCGGACGACCACGGCGAAGAGACGCUCGUCAUCGGAGCCCGCGCCAGCCUCCCUCUGCUCGAUAUCAAAGGCAAGAAGCAGAAGCAAAGCGAUCUUCUUAAGCGCAUGGGCCUCGUCGUACAUGUGGUGCGCCUCGAUGGCGCCAAGCUCGUGCCCCGCAACAAGACGUACGGGUCGACACCGGCCAACUGGCCGCCAUCAAGCGUGAAAGGGCCCGCGGAAGCCAGCGGCGCGCUUCGCAUCGGCGACUCUAUCUAUUCGAUCAACGGUGUCAAAGUCGUCAACAAGACGCGCAGCCAAGUGAUACGGCUUAUCGCGGAAGCAUCGACGCACCCGCUGGUGCUCACCUUCCGCCACGGCGAUGCGAUGGCUCAAGUGCAAUGGGACCAAGAGCUGUGCCUGGAUCCGCCCGAGGGCGAGUACAAGGAGCCAGAGAACGAGUGGGGUCCCGCCCAACCACCCAAGGUUGGCGGCUCCGUCUCGAUCUAA